CAUGCAGUUGGCACGCCAACACUGAUUUGUGAUUUGUGACAGAUAGAGGAACUAAUUUUCAUAAUAUCAAUUACCUAACGAUAAAAUUGUUUCAUUGACUGUUAGUACUGUUAAAUUAAUUUGUGUAAAAGAAGAACCAUGUAUUUUGUUUAAGUCAAUGUGUUAAAACCGUGGAUUGUGAACUGGAGUGUAAUAAAGGAUUCUUUAUUGUUUGAAUGUGUUUUAUGAACCGCCGAAAUUGAGGACAAAGCAACAGGUGACGAAAGGAUGGCAGCGUCGCACAUCCUGAGCGCUGUGGAGCCGACGGUCGGCGGCGGCAGUUCGCGCAGCGGCCGCGAGAGAGAAGUCAACGUGGCCCUCGAUGACAGAGAACUAUGGGUGCGGUUCCAGACUCUCACCAACGAAAUGAUCGUCACUAAGAAUGGAAGACGAAUGUUCCCCGUAGUCAAAGUAACAGCCAGUGGCUUGGAUCCGACGGCGAUGUACACCGUGUUACUAGAAUUCGUGCAAGUCGACUCCCAUCGCUGGAAAUAUGUUAAUGGAGAAUGGGUACCUGGCGGCAAAGCAGAAGUGCCUCCAUCGAACGCAAUUUACAUACACCCGGAGAGCCCAAACUUUGGAGCACACUGGAUGAAAGAACCGAUAUCCUUCGCUAAAGUCAAACUUACGAAUAAAACAAAUGGAAAUGGACAGAUAAUGUUAAAUAGUUUGCAUAAGUACGAGCCCCGAGUGCACCUUGUAAAAGUCGGUACCGAUCUCCGACGAAUAAUGACGUACCCAUUCCCGGAGACUCAGUUUAUAGCAGUCACAGCUUACCAGAAUGAAGAGGUGACUUCGUUAAAGAUAAAAUACAAUCCAUUUGCGAAAGCUUUCCUAGAUGCUAAAGAAAGACCCGAGGGUUAUUAUCAAAGAGAUUUUGUGGGCACGCAUUAUCCUCAACAAAGUUCUUCGCCACAUCAGUAUCCUCAAUUCGGUGGAUGGUUUGUGACUUCCCAGUCGUUGUAUGGGAGCAGUAACGCAGCGUCAAGAAGACCGGCGCCCUAUCCCCCGCGACCACCGUCACGGCCAAGAACAUUGUCACCGCCUUCCUCAUACAGCAAUUCUGAACGAACGACAACUGCGACGAAUGGCACCGGCAGUUACACUUGGGUCAGCAGCAGUGGCUACUGGAACUCCACACAGGGCAGCAGUUCUCCACAGCCGAAUACUUCCCCAGCUCCAUACCGCACCCCUCCUCAUGCAUACCCGGCGCCUUUGGAGUAUGCACCCGCACCCCCUACUAGCACAUCAGCGCCAUCAUCAGCUCCCGCACCACUCUACCCUCUUCAAUACGAAACUCCAGCGCAGCAUCAUUCCCCGUAUUACCAACAUGCUUACGCACCGUACGCGCAUCAUGCGAUCGAAGAUAUUUCUUAUUGGCCAAACAGUUUGAACAGCUACGGCUAUCAGCCAUCUGAGUAUGUCGGGAGUGGAGAAGUGGCAUAUGGUGCCGAGGGCAUGCCUUUCGGGCCUACUGGGCCUUCUCUCGAAGCCGCCGCAGCCGGUGAAGGUCGUGCCACGCCCCCCGGACAGGAACACCCACAAAGCGAACGAGAAUACAAGUUUAGCGCCGAAGAAGAACGUCAGUCGCCGUGUGAUGAGGCCGCACUACCACCACGUUCACCAGCGCAGUGACCAUCAACCUAGUUCAUAAGAUAGUUGCAAAUAAUAAGGAUCAAUUGCGAAACCUUCUAAAAUAUAUUUUUGUAUUUUACGAUUUUUAAGGUUGAAAUUGGAGAAAAUAUUUUAUCUAGGUACUACGUAGAUGUAUUGCGUUAUUCCCUUUUGAGAGAUGUGUAUAUAUUAUACUAGAAGAUUUAAUAAUGUAUUUCUAAAAUAAGUUUGGAAUUCAUAAGAGUGGAUAAAUAAUACGUAAUGUAAUAGUUCCAAUUUAUUGUAAGUAUUUUUUGCACUUUGUUACAUAGAUUUUCAUUCACAUACCCAUUUAAAUUGGAUUGCUUCACGAUUUACCCAGUACCUAAACAGUCACAAUCAGUGUUCCAGGUGUGACUUUUUAUAAUUAUGGACUUACUUGAGUGUUGACUAAUACAAAUUGGCGAACAAUUGGUAAUGAAUUGGGUAAAAUGUGGGUAGGAAGGUACCCAUUUUCCUACAAAUCUUAGCUAUUAAAUUAGCGUCCCUUGCAAGAAACCAACCCGUGGCUAUCGCUGUUCUAAUCACGAAAUAGUAUUUGGCUUUUUCAAUAAAUUAAGAAUGUAAAAUUUAGCAGAUCAAAUUGUGUAAAGCGCAAAGAAAAAUAGCUUUUGCGAUGUUGACAAUAAAUCAUGUUUCUGUUA